ACAGUGUCCAUCAAGGUGCCCUGCGGACCGGGCCGGGCCAGAAACCCGGGCCGGUCUGGUCUGGUCCUCACAGAGACGGAAGGCUCGAACUAAUCGGUCCACCUUAAACGUGCGCGUGUGGGCGUCACGUGACCGUGUUCCUGGAAAGUUCCUGGAAACCUGCAGUGUUGUUGUUUAUGGAGCUCCGGACCGCCGCGCCGCUCCACUCGGAACCAGGACCACGGACUCUGGGGUCGGUGGUUCGGCUGCUAGGAGCUGCGUGACGGACCACCGGUUCUGAUCCAUCGAUAGCCCCUCGUGGGUCGGCUGCAGCCGCCAUUAAUAGUUCUAGAGCCGGAGUAGGUUCGGAAGCGUCCGGACCCAGUCAGCAGGUGUGGAACCGGUUCCGCUGGAUCAGAACUUCCCCGGCAGCUUCUUCUGGCUAAAAAAACCCCCCAAACAUCAAAAGUCUGAAUGCAACGCUAAAAGAACGAGGCUUCCUGUUUGUGUUUGUUGGAAAAACUCCUGCGGAACACAAGGAAUCUGUCGGGAUCCUGAGUCGGGAUCUCUGCUGCCGGAAGCCGUGGUUGUCCUACAGAACCACGUCUCAGCAGAGAUUGCUGCCUCACUCAGGUGUUUUCCUCAGCAGCCGCUCACAUCCCACCAACCUUUCCAGGUUUCCCGGCGGUUUUCCGAGUUGCAGGCUGAAGUUGGAUCUGUCCGAUGACCUGCCAGUCCUCCGAAUCCCAGGAAGCCAUUGAGGACGCCAGAGGAGCCGACGACGGCGCUGGGACCGAGGAGUCGGACGAGAGCCGCAUCGCCUCGGCCCUGAAGGAGCUCAGGAAGACAGGUUGGUACUGGGGCGGCCUGACGGCAAACGAGGCCAAAGAGAUCCUGCAGGACUCGUUGGAGGGCAGCUUCCUGCUGCGGGACAGCUCCCAGAGGGACUUCCUGUUCACCAUCUCCGCCAUGACGUCCGCCGGCCCCACCAACCUGCGCAUUGAGUUUCGGCACGGGAAGUUCAAACUGGACUCCGUGGUUCUGGUGAAGCCCAAGCUGAAGCAGUUUGACAGCGUGGUCCACCUGGUGGAGCACUACGUCCAGCUGUCCCGGACCGGUGGCCGCGCUACGCCAGCGCCACCGGGCGCCAACGGCACCGUGCAGCUGCUCCUCACCAGGCCCGUGUACGCCGCCGUCCCGUCGCUGCAGCACCUGUGUCGGAUCGGCAUCAACCGGUCGGCCCGGCGGGUCCAGGACCUGCCCAUCCCCAACCGGCUGAAGGAAUACCUGACGGACUACGCCUACAACGUCUAGAGGUCGUACCAUCUGAGUCCAACGGCGUCCGGACCGGCCGUGUGUCUCUGCACGGAGCCGGGAACCGGUCUGGUUUCUUCUCCCAUCUCCAUGGUAACGGGAAGCAGAAUUCCUCGGAUUUUUCUGGAGAUUCCUGAACAGGUUUCCAGAUUCCUGACUUCAGGAAGACGGACGGACGGACGGAUCGGCCGUUUCACCUGAAACCUAAAGAGAAGCAGGUUGGUGACGGGUCAGAGCAGCAGAACCGCCCAGAACCGCCUGCUCAGGUUGUUGAGAAUAUUUAUUGCUGUUCCUCUGAUGUUCUGGAGAAAUGUUCCUGAUCGGUACCAGGCCCGGUUCUGGUGGAGCCCAGAGUAUCGUCUCUGUCUCCUACAGAGCCACGGCUCAGCAAACUGGGUCUCAGCAGAACCAAACGGCUGCUUUGGUUCUGCUCACAGCUUGAUUUCCUGUAAAAAUGCUUCUGGAAGCUGAUUGGCUGCAGCUCUGAUUACAUGAUUAAAGGCUUGUUUCACUUCC